ACAGUGACAAAUGAAACAUGGUGUAAAUUCUGUCUGUGACACGACAAAACAAAGUUUGCACUCGAUUUUUAAUAAUAAAAUAGAGGAUACAGCGCAACUUUUUCCAAUUAACUAAAGCAGUGCAUGUCCCUGAAAUAAAACAAAUUAUAAAAAUGGUCCGGACAGUUUAUUCUCCGGAAUAUUGCUUGCAAUAUUUAGAGCAAUAUGCUUCGAAAGAAAUUUUCGUAAUAGGAUUAAUUCUCGGGCAGUCAACUGCCGCUCGAGAGAAUGUCAUCCACCUGGCCCGCACACCAGAUGAGAAAAGUUCUGAAAGUGCCUCAGAGACAAGUUAUGUAUUGGACAAAAUAGAAACGAAGACACUUUUGAAUGUCUCCGAGGCCUGGGUCGCCGAUCAUGCGAAACACGUAACUAGAAUGCUUCCUGGAGGCAUGUUUGUUCAAGGGAUCUUCAUAACAAGUGAUGAAGACAUUUUUGAGGAGCCAAACAGUUUCAGUAAAGUGAAGUCAAUUGUAAAUCACAUAUACAAGGCUAUGAAUGCUAACCAGUACAUGUUUGGGAACUGCCCUUAUUCAAAUGAAAGACUUAUGUUACAUAUGUCUACUAGUACAAAAGUCCUUACUUGUAAGAGUAUCGAAGUUGGUGCACCUGCCAAAAGUACAGUGAUCAAGCCGGUAGAAUGGAAGUUCUUGCCAAAACCCCAACAGUGGCAGCGAUUGGACUGCUACUACGAGUUUGAUGAUGUGUAUCCUGUGAUAGUGAAGAAGAGUGGCAUUUCUGUUAAACAACAGUUUCAGCAAAUUUUGGAAUCAGCUCACAAAACAAUUGAAUCCAGCAUCAUGUUCAUAGACGGUGAACUCAAAGACAACUCGGAAGUUCUGGAAUCACUCUUUAAAAAGAAGAAACCUAAAACGAAUUCUAAAUCAGUGCAGCAGGAACUUCCUAAAUCAAUGAAUGUGUCAUUAUUUGUGCCAUUUGAAAACUCGCUUCCGGAAACAGUGGAGUAUUUGGAAUGUGAUGGCAGUAUCCAUUUUAGUGGUGUUGUGUCUUCAAGUGUGUUUAUGUAUCCGAAGGCAACUGUCAGUGAAACCAUUGCAGCUGUGAAACAAGACAUUAUAAGAUCCUUAGCAUCUCGGUUCACUAUGCAUUGUGAUGCGUUGAUUGAUGACAACUUGCUACCUGAAGAAAAAGUUUGUUUCAAUGAACCGCCUCGCCGAGUGUUAGUCCCAGUGGGUGCCCUGUACCUCUGUGAUUAUCUAUUUCCUGGCGAAGCACCUGCUGAAGCACUCCUUUCAGUACGAGAGUUGUUAGACCUGAAGAUUACUGAGGCCGAUGUAAUCUGUGACGUCGAGACACCAGCUGAUACGUCUGAGUUUGAUGCCCUAGACAGGGAUGCGAGCAGUGAAGAGCUACUGGCAACACCUCAAGAAGCAAGCCAGUUCAUGUACAUCACAGGAAUAUGUUUUGCCAUGUUUGUUUUAAUUGUCUCCAUCAUCAUACACUAUUACGACGGUAUCGUCAAAGUUGUCAGUAAAGUCCUCUCUAAAUAAAUGAAAUUAUAAUUUUACCAAUAUAACUGUUGAAGCUUAAAAGACUUAUUAUUGUUGUGAAUGACUUGUGUAAGGUUUCUUGUUUUAAUUUCUUUUACGUAACAGAUAAUUUUAUGAUUUAUUGUGAGAAAACAAUAAUUUUAUUUAACAUUUAUUUUUAUGUACAGAAAUAUGGUGUCAUUUGAACUGUCGCAUUUUAAUAAAUAAAUAACUUUUUUUAUUAUA